GCUGGCUGUUGGAUCAGUGUUGGGAGUGUGUGUGUUUCGGCACCAGGCUGCCGGACUGAUCCAGCCGCAGCUGUUGUUUUUUCAGUAGAAUAAAAGUGAAAAUGGCUUCUGACGGUAUGGAUGAGCGGUCACCGCUGCUGUCGGCGCAAAACUCCGGCAAUGUGACUCCCACAGCGCCGCCCUACCUCCAGGAUCCCAGUCCGAGAGCUGAGCUUCCUCCCCCAUACACAGCCAUUGCCAGUCCUGAUACAGGAGGAGUGCCGGUCAUUAACUGCCGAGUGUGUCAGUCUCUCAUAAACCUGGAUGGGAAACUCCAUCAGCACGUUGUGAAGUGCACGGUCUGCAAUGAGGCCACGCCAAUCAAAAACCCACCAGCUGGGAAAAAGUAUGUCAGAUGUCCCUGCAACUGCCUGCUAAUUUGUAAAGACACAUCUCGGAGGAUAGGAUGCCCUCGACCCAAUUGCAGACGGAUUAUCAACCUGAGCCCAGUGAUGGUGAUUCCAGAGGAGCAACCUGCACAGCCGGCGCUUCCUAUUCAGCCUGAAGGCCUGCGUGUGGUGUGUGGUCACUGCGGCAACACGUUCCUCUGGAUGGAGCUCCGAUUUAAUACACUGGCCAAGUGUCCACAUUGCAAAAAAAUCUCUUCUGUUGGCAGUGCUCUACCCAGGAGACGCUGCUGUGCCUACAUCACCGUAGGAAUGAUCUGCAUUUUCAUUGGAAUUGGACUAACAGUUGGAACCCAGGAUUUUGCCAGCAGGUACCAUGCUACCUACGUGUCAUGGGCCUUUGCAUAUCUGAUCGGUCUUAUCUGCCUGGUACGGGCCUGCUACUGGGGAGCAAUUAGAGUCAGCUAUCCAGAGAACACCUUCGCAUAGAUUAAGUCUCCAUGAUUUGUUCAUUUAACCCUUUUAGGAUUUAAUUUUAUCCUUAUUUUAACAGGUGUACACUUGACUGGUCAUUCUAUGUAGGCAAGCUGUAAUCGAGGCUGGAAAUUUACGCAUAAUAUUCUGAUUGGAUGUAAAAUUAUAUUUAAGUUGUCUGAUCAAAAUUUUAAAAUCUGAUAUCAGCAUUGGGAAAUAUUUUAAUCAGUUGGAAAGAUUAAAGUUUGGUACAUGCGCCUCGUGGAUUGUUGUAACUCCUACUGGUUUGUGUGUGUGUGUGUGUGUGUGUGUUGCGUUUUGUUAACAACUUGACCAAAAUGAUCAAUAUGUCCAUUGCACUACAGUUUUAUGCAAAAUCCUGUUCUUUUUGCUGCUAGUUGUCAGCUGUAAAAAGCUGCAAGUUGUUAAGUAUUAAAAGCUGCCCACACUAAACAAGGUACUGUGUUAAUCUUACAUCUUAUUCGUACCAACAUCUGUGUUCCUAUCUCUUAGGGAAGAAAAUUUAUCACUGCUCUCGAUUCCAUAUUGCUGGAGCCGCUCAAAUGUACCGUGAGAUUAUUGCGGCUUUUCAGAGUAAUUAAAAAUGGCAUGCUUGCAAAUUUCAAAGCUUAUAAUUUGACUCCAGUGGGAUUUUAAAUGUUUUGCAUGGUAUUAGUUUGUACCACAGCUCAGUGUUUCUCCGUCAACGAAAGGUCAAUGUGGAAGUGUUAGGCCCUAAUGUCCAGACUUCAUCUUUAUCCGUAGAAUGGAAACGCCUCCGCUUCCUUGUUUACGCUAAUAUCACUCUAGUUCCCGGACUGAUGACUGGGCACAACUGUAGUUAUUCAUCUUGUUCUGAAUGUGAAAAGCAAGUUUCUUUGUACAUAGUUUAUUCAUCGCACCAAGACUAACUUAAGUUGGAGUAUGGCUUGGGUCUUUUUAAAAAUGGUAAUUUAUCAAUAAAAUAAAAAUGAA